UGGGCCGGACGGGGUUCGGCUGGGUGGACCCAGCUGUCUACUUGUAUCUCUGGAGCCUUGCACCUCGGAAGAUAAAUACUUUGUUGCAAUAGCAACAGGAAGCGAGGGAGGGCUUACCGGAGUUUGCUUAGGACGGAGUUUUAAGUCGUGUCGAGGCCCGGCAUGGACAAGUUGAAAAAGGUGCUGAGCGGCCAGGACACCGAGGAUCGGGGUGGACUGGCCGAGGUUAUUGAAACACCAUCAUUAAGCUGGGGCACAAGAAUCAAAGGUUUUGCUGCUUGUUUUGCCAUAGGGAUUAUCUUCUCACUUUUGGGUACUUUUUUCCUGUGGGUGCCUCGGAAAGGACUUGUUCUAUUUGCAGCGUUUUAUACCUUGGGAAACAUUGCAUCACUUGGAAGGUAA